UCAAAUCACUCAAAAACCUCAGAUGGCGACGAGGGGUGAAAUAUGUCAGCUAGUUGAGUUAUGGAGUAACAACAACCUCGCCCUCCACGUCUGAAAGACCGGGGAAUUGUUUGUGGACUUCAGGAAAGGGAAGUCGUGGGAUCAUGCACCAGUCGCCAUUGAAGGCCCGGCAGUGGAAAGGGUGAGCUUCAAGUUCCAGGGUCUCAACAUCCGGGAAGAUCUGUCCUGAGUCCAACCUGUUGAUGCAAUCACAAAGAAAUCACGCUAGCACUGAAAGUUGCAGGAGGUUCGGUAUAACACCGAGACUUGGAUUGAUGUGCGCUGGAGAACAUCAGUCACGGCAGAACCCUUCCCUCUACCGAGGUCAUCUUCUAGAGCUGGCGCCUGAAGAAGGCGGCAUCCGUCACUGAGGACCCUCAUCGCACGAGACUUGACCCCUUCUCCCCUACUACCAUUAGGGAGCCUGAAGACACACACCUCAUGAUUCAGAAACAGCCUCCCCUCUGCCAGCCGAUUUCUGAAUGAUGGAGAUGCUUAGGCGGUCUUCUGUCUUUGCAGCUGAGGUGAUGGAAGUGUUUGACCGCUCCCCACCCGAUAAAGAGCUGAUUUCUCAAGCUAAAGUCCUCUGUCGAGAUUACAUCCACUCCCGCCUGAUCCGAGCUGGCAUUGUUUGGAGUAAACCAGACCCUCUGGCUGCUGGCCCUGCAAGCAAACUCACAGAGGUGUCCUCCGCACUCCUCCAUCUGGGUGACGAAUUAGAGUACAUCAGACCAAACGUCUACAGGAAUAUUGCCAAACAACUGAAUAUCUCGGUCACUUCUGAAAGCAUUGUGUCAGAUGCAUUUCUGGCAGUUGCAACCGAGCUUUUCUCUGCAGGUAUAACCUGGGGCAAGGUGGUGGCCCUGUACGCUGUAGCUGGCGGAUUAGCCAUUGACUGUGUGAAGCAAGGACAGCAUGCAAUGGUGCACACUAUUGUUGAUUGCUUGGGAGAGUUUGUCCGGAAAACACUGGUGACGUGGCUAAGGAGACGGGGUGGAUGGGUUGAUAUUACAAAGAUUGUGGUCAACAAUGAUCCCAGUAUUCAUGAUCAUUGGCUCAUUUCUGCCAUCUGCACCUGUGGACGUUUCCUCAAAGCCAUCUUCUUCUUCCUACUGCGAGAGCGAUGACUCCAGCUGAAAGAUGUGCUUUAUUUAAUGCAAUACUAAACUCUGCACACCUGAACACACAGCCUUGACUGAAAGGAACUUUUCUGAACUUGCUGGACCGGAAUAUGAAUCAUUUGAGUUAUUGGUCAAAAAGGGAAACACUGUCUUAAAAAAGAAUGGUACAGGGGAGGAUGAGGUAGAUCAAGAGAUUCAGUAUUCCCAUCCACAACAGCAGUCAAAUUAAAACUCAGCAAUAAACUACACUGAAUGAGGUAGAGUGUAAAAAUGACACCAUUACAAUGGUUUCAAUGUGGAUUCUACAUAUUAGCUGCACAGUAGUGAACUUGCUAGUGUUACAGAAAUCCAACCUGAAGUCAGUCUAAAAUGCAAGAAGGAGCUGGAAUCCUGAUCAGCAAACAGUUGACAGAAUUCUGGGAAGACUCUUUUACCUUUUACUUUGUUGUUAUUGUGAAGAGUUUUGCAGUGUUGGAGGGGGAAGAAAAGUAAUUCUACUAUUUUACUGUUCAUAGAUACAAGGUUAUUAGCUACACUCUGUGUAUCGUUUAUUUUCUUCAUGCAGAGAUUUAUCUAUGCUGAUGUCUGCAGUGUAGUUUCUUUCCAGCACAAGAUGUCUUUAUUUCAGGGACUACUGUUUUUGUUCUUGAUUGCUUUCUGCUUUAUUAAUUUAUUUCCUAAAACUCCCAAAAGAGUUAACUGGGACCCAUCAGGACCAGUACAUUUUGGCCCAAUUAAUCAGCUGCCCCAAAUAGACAAAGUUCAAUGGAAAUAGUUAAAAAGGUAUGAAAAAAGACAAACUGAUUAACAAGUUAGGUAUAAACUACAGACAAAUUAGAACACUACCAAUACAACCACAGUACUGUAAAACUGGGUAUUAGUUCCUGAUACUUAUUGAUGGAGGAAUCCAUCUGCUUCAUGCUCUUUUGACUGUAAAUGAAUAAAAUCAGCACAGACACCUAGUGCAGAUAACGGACUGUCUUCAUACACUGCUGUCGAUGAUUGCAUCCUCCAAAUCUUCAUUUUCAAUGUAAUAUUCAAGAUGAUUAUCAAUACCUUCAAAUUAUUUGUAGUUUCUAAUUUGUUGAAAUGGUGAAAUCAUUUCAUUUUAACUCCCGACCUUUUCUGGCAUCUCCAAACCUGAAUGCUUGAAACUGUAGUGAGCAAAGCAGUCUGAAUCGUCUUACUGUUCAUUUCUUGCCAACUCUCAGUGACAAAAAAAAUACUGCUUUUUCAACACAAAUACAUGCAACUGAAGCUAUUUUAAAAUUGCUCACACGAAGCACGGGGUUGUGUCGAAAGGUCACACAAUUGCACACAGGUGCUAGUCAGAAACUGUUUGGCAACAGUCUCCUGCCCCAAUUAAGUGGCAGUGUCCCAAAUAAACGAAGGGAAUCCCAGCUAUUUUCUUGAUUAGAUAUGAUCUUUAAGAGUUGUCCUGAAUAAAUAGCUGUCCUGAUUAACUGAUGGCCAAUUAACCAGAAUCCACUGUAUAUGCCACUACAUACAACCCCGAGAUUCAUUUUCACGUAAGCAUUCACAGUAAAUACUGGAAACGCAGUAGAAUCAAUGAAAGACUGCCCAUGACAGGACGGACAAACAACCAAUGUGCACAAGACAACAAAUUGUGCAAAUACAAAAAGAAAUUGAUAAGUAGGCAAUAAAUAUGGAGAACACAACAUUCAGGCAUAGACUGACAAGUAGAAAACAACUAAUGCCUCACAAGUAACUUCAACAGGAGAGAGUUUAGGUACUUAUCCUUGUAAUUCAAUGACAUUACCAUCACGUUCCCCUAUCAUCACCUUUGUAAUCAUCUUUGUCCAGAAACUCCACUGAACCAGCCACAAGUGGUUGAGUAUCACUUGUCAAGUGAAACCUCAAAACCUUCCCAUCAUUCAUAAGACACAAGUUCAUAGAACUCAGAGUUAAACAGCAUGGAAACAGGUCUUUUGGCCACCUGCUCCAUGCCAACCAAGAUGCCCCAUCCUAGAUAGUUUCAUUUGCUAGCACGUGGCCCAUAACCUUCUAAACCUUUCCACCUGUCAUUAGAAAGUUGUUAUUGUACCUACUUCCCCCGGCAGCUCAUUUCACAUACUUUAUGUAUACUUUAAGUUUCUAUAAAAUCUCUCUAUGCCUCUCAACAUUUUAUACAAUCUCUCCUUAUACUUAACUUGAUUACUUUAUUGUUGCCAAACAAUUGAUACUAGAGCGUACAAUCAUCACAGCGAUAUUUGAUUCUGCGCUUUGCGCUCCCUGGAGUACAAAUCUAUAGUAAAUAUAAUAAAUUUAAAUUAUAAAUCAUGAAUAGAAAAUAAAAAAGGAAAAGUAAGGUAGUGCAAAAAAACCGAGAGGCAGGUCCGGAUAUUUAGAGGGUACGGCCCAGAUCCGGGUCAGGAUCCAUUCAGCA